AUGGAAAAUAUUAAGGCUAAGAUCACUGUUGACGCAUUCCGAGUUACUCAAUCCAUGCUUCCACCAAUUCCUACUCUGAUAGUGAAAACUAAUGAAGGUUCUCCCACCCGGAAACCUGGUGAUCUCCCUGAAGAGCCUUUGAUUACUCCACCAUCUGAAUUUUUCAUCAUAGAAUCCGGUCAACAAAUCAUCUCUUUUAUUUCUAGCACAAGCAAAAAUCCUCAAGAAAAAGGCAAACAGAUUGCAACAGACUCUAACAGCCCAGUGAAGAUGUUCAAAAAGUCUGAGGGAUGGUCUCAAGAACAAAUCGAUCAAGCCUUGGAAGAAAGCAUCUGA